GUUGUGAUUGUACCUAAGUAUCAAUUUUAUGCCGUGGCCGGUCGCCACGUAGAAAAAUAAUAAUUAAUAAAAUAAUUUUAUACCUACGCGGAACUAUGUGUAUCUCUUAGGUAUUUUAUAGGAACUUAAAAACCGAGUAAAAUAAAAUUAAUCUUAAAUGGGGCAUUUUAAUUGGUUACCAAAAGUGGAUAGAUUUUGUUGGUGCAUAAGAAAUUUGAGAUGUGCCUGUUUUAUUAUCAUAUUUGUAGGACUGUGCACAAGUAUUUUUACUGCUAGUCUGUUAGCCAAACCAGCUUGCCCGGACCUCUUCGACGCAUCAAGUCCCGUAAGGAUACUCACUGACGUAUUCAGAUGGAUCUUGUUUGUAUCGGAAAUGUUUCUCAUAGUCAGCUGCUCUGCUUUUAUGCUUGGAAUGUUUUGGUCGCUUCCGAUAACUGCUGACAUUUUCAUAGGCUGUGCAUUAAUUAAUAUUUUAAUAUUGAUUAUUUUCAUCCCACUUUUGAUUAUACAAGAGCAGUACUAUACCAAUAUAUAUUGCGGAUGGUAUCACUCGCAGAUUCUCAAUUUGAUCCUAUAUUUGAUUAUGUUGAGCUAUUUCGUGGUUGUUGUAAACUCUUAUAAAGAAGAAAUGUAAUGAAAUAAAUGAU